UGCCCGCGGCGCUCCGCAGGCGGCUCAGCCGAGCGCCGACAUGAGCCUGGCCGAGGGCCGCGCCCCGCGCCGGACGGCCGGGAAUCGCCUCUCGGGGCUGCUCCAGGCCGAGGAGGAGGAUGAAUUCUACCAGACCACCUACGGCGGCUUCAACGAGGAGUCUGGGGACGACGAGUACCGCGGGGAGCACUCGGACAGCGAUGACGAGGUGGACUCGGACUUCGACAUCGACGAGGGUGACGAGCCGGGCUCGGAGCAGGACGAGGCCGAGCCCCGGCGCCGCCGCCGCGUCCUCACCAAGGCCUACCGGGAGCCGCUCAAGAGCCUGCGGGCCAAGAAGGCGGAGGGGCCGCGGGGAGGAGCCCAGAAAAGCAGGGAGGUGAAAUCCCUGCCCCUGGAGCUGCAGGAGGAUGUGGGAGACAGCCGGAAGCACAUGCGCCAGUCCACCACGGAGCACACCCGGCAGACGUUCCUGCGGCUCCAGGAGCGCCAGGUGCAGUCCAAGAGGAAAAAGGGAGGCACCAGCUACGAGCGGCCCCUGACCCAGGAGGAGCUGCUGGAGGAGGCCAAGAUCACUGAGGAGAUCAACCUGCGCUCCCUGGAGAACUAUGAGAGGCUGGAGGCCGACAAGAAGAAGCAGGUGCAGAAGAAGAGGAAGAUCGUGGGGCCCGUGAUCCGUUACUGGUCACUCACCAUGCCCCUGCUGCCCGAGCCCGGCCGCGACGAGCCCGUGGACGUGGAGGGGCUGGACCCCGACUCCCACCCCACACCCGCCCCGCCGUCCCCGGGGAAAUGCUCCCGCACCUUCAUCUCCUUCAGCGACGACGCCACCUUCGAGCGCUGCUUCCCCAAAUCCAAACCGCCGCGGCUGCCGGUGCGGGAGCUGUGCCCGGUCACCCACAAACCGGCCCUGUACCGGGACCCCAUCACCGACAUCCCCUACUCCAACGCCCGCGCCUUCCGCAUCAUCCGCGAGGCCUACAGGAAAUACAUCACCGCGCACGGGCUGCCCAGCGCCGCCGCCGCCGCCAUGGCGGGGCCCGGGGACGGCGCCGCGCCGCGGCCGGGCCGCCAGAAAAUCGUCAUCAAGCAGAGCGUCCCCAGCGCCUGACGUCCCAAUUUUGGGAUUUGGGGUGUUGGGGUUUUAGUAUUUGGGGUGUUGGGAGAUGGCGUCGUCCGCAGCGAUGGUUUUGUUGUGGGUCUUCCAUCCAAAAUGGCAGAAAAUCGUCAUCAAGCAGAGCGUCCCCAGCGCCUGACGUCCUGAUUUUGGAGUGUUGGGAUUUUGGGGUGUUGGGGGUUUUAGUAUUUGGGAUUUUGGGAGAUGGCGUCAUUCCCAAUGGUGGUUUUGUUGUGGGGCUCCAUCCAAAAUGGCAGAAAAUCGUCAUCAAGCAGAGCGUCCCCAGCACCUGAUAUCCAGGAAUUUGGGGUUUUAGGAUUGACGGCGGUGAUGGAUUUGUUGAGGGGCUCCCAUCCAAAAUGGCGGAAAACGGUCAUGAAACAAAGUGUUCCCAGUUCCUGGAAUUCUGGGAUUCUGGGUUGUUGGGAUUUUGGGGUGUUCGGAUUUUGGGGUGUUGGGGUUUUAGUAUUUGGGAUUUUGGGAGAUGGCGUCAUUCCCAAUGAUGGUUUUGUUGUGGGGCUCCAUCCAAAAUGGCAGAAAAUCGUCAUCAAGCAGAGCAUCACAGUGCCUGACGUCCCAAUUUUGGGGUGUUGGGAUUUUGGGGUUUUAGUAUUUGGGAUGUUGGGAGAUGGUGUCAUCCACAGCGAUGGUUUUGUUGAGUGUCUUCCAUCCAAAAUGGCAGAAAAUCGUCAUCAAGCAGAGCGUCCCCAGCACCUGACAUCCUGGGAUUUUGGGGUUUUGGGAUUGAUGGCGAUGAUGGAUUUGUUGAGAGGCUCCCAUCCAAAAUGGCAGAAAACGGUCAUGAAACAAAGUGUUCCCAGUUCCUGGAAUUCUGGGAUUCUGGAAUUAUGGGAUUCUGGGUUGUUGGGAUUUUGGGGUGUUGGGAUUUUGGGGUGUUGGGGUUUUAGUAUUUGGGAUUUUGGGAGAUGGCGUCGUCCGCAGCGAUGGUUUUGUUGUGGGGCUCCAUCCAAAAUGGCGGAAAAUUGUCACCAAACAAAGUGUUGCCAGUUCAUGAAAUCCUGGGAUUCAGGGGUGUUGGGAUUUUGGGGUGUUGGGGUUUUGGGGUGUUGGGGUUUUAGUAUUUGGGAUUUUGGGAGAUGGUGUCAUUCCCAAUGAUGGUUUUGUUGUGGGGCUCCAUCCAAAAUGGCGGAAAAUCGUCAUCAAGCAGAGCGUCCCCAGCGCCUGACGUCCAGGAUUUGGGAUAUUGGGAUUUGGAGUGUUGGGAUUGAUGGCGGUGAUGGAUUUGUUGAGGGGCUCCCAUCCAAAAUGGCAGAAAAUGGUCAUGAAACAAAGUGUUCCCAGUGCCUGGGAUUCUGGAAUUCUGGGAUUCUGGGGUGUUGGGAUUUUGGGGUGUUGGGAUUUUGGGGUGUUGGGGUUUUAGUAUUUGGGAUGUUGGGAGAUGACGUCAUCCACAGCAAUGGAUUUGUUGAGUGUCUUCCAUCCAAAAUGGCAGAAAAUCGUCAUCAAGCAGAGCGUCCCCAGCGCCUGACGUCCUAAUUUUGGGAUUUGGGGUGUUGGGAUGUUGGGAUUGACGGCGGUGAUGGAUUUGUUGAGGGGCUCCCAUCCAAAAUGGCGGAAAAUUGUCACCAAACAAAGUGUUGCCAGUUCAUGAAAUCCUGGGAUAUUGGGAUGCUGGAGUAUUGGGAUCUUGGGAUUUCAGAUUUUAGGAUUUUAGUAUUUGGGAUGUUGGGAGAUGGCGUCAUCCGCAGCGAUGGUUUUGUUGUGGGGCUCCCAUCUGAAAUGGCAGGAAAUGGUAAUGAAACAAAGUGUUCCCAGUGCCUGAAAUCCUGGGGAUUCUGGGAUAUUGGAGUGUUGAGAUUUCAGGAUUUGGGAUGUUGGGAUUUGGGGUUUAGGGGUAUUGGGAUUUCAGGAUCUGGGAUGUUGGGAUGUGCAGUCAUCCACAGCGAUUGAUUUCUUGAGUGUCUUCCAUCCAAAAUGGCAGAAAACAAAGUGUUCCCAGUGCCUGAAAUCCUGAGAUUCUGGGGUGUUGGGAUUUGGGAUUUUGAGGUAUUGGGAUAUUGGGAUUUUGAGGUAUUGGGAUAUGGGAUUUGGGAUUUGGGAUUUUGGGAGAUGGGAUCAUCCACAGUGAUGGUUUUGAGAAAGCCCCACCCAGGACACCAAAAAAUCAUCACACAAAGCAUUCCUAGAGCCCAAAAUCCUGGGAUAUUGGGAUUUUGGGAUUUGGGGAUAUGGGAUCACCCCAAGUGAUGCUUUUUGGGGCGGUCAGUGUUCACCAGGGGUGUUGGAGGAGGAAAUAAAGUGAAGUUGGGGGUUGGUUUGUGUGGGGUGGCGGGAAAUCCUACAAAAAUGAGGGGUGGGAGCCCCUUUUAGAGGAAAUCCUACAGAAAAUAUGGGGUGGGAGCCCCUUUUAGAGGAAAUCCUACAGAAAAUAUGGGGUGGGAGCCCCUUUUACCAGGAAAUCCUACAGAAAAUAUGGGGUGGGAGCCCCUUUUAGAGGAAAUCCUAUAGAAAAUAUGGGAUGGGAGCUCCUUUUCCUACAAUAAACAAGGUUCAUAAAUCCCUUAUUUUCCAGGACACCCUACAAUAAAUAAACAGUUUGUGGGAUUCCAGAAAAUCCUGAAAUAAACUUUAUGGGGUCCCCUUUUCCU